AAACACAAACGGAAUGGAGGGCCUGAUAAGGGCUGGAGCAGAACAACAGGAAAUUGUUUGAACCUUGUUCACAGCCAACCCCGAAAGAGAACAAAGUGCUCUUUUUCCACCGAUAGGCACCAUGGCUCACCAAAUACUCCUCUGUCUGAUACUCACUUUUCUGUGGAGUCUCCCAAAGGCUGAAACUCGUGUCUUCUUACAAAGCAAAGUGGCAAACAGAUUUUUGCAAAGAACAAAGCGAGCUAAUUCACUGUUUGAGGAAUUUAAGCCUGGAAAUAUUGAAAGGGAAUGCAUUGAGGAGAGAUGCUCGAGAGAAGAAGCCAGGGAGGCCUUUGAAGAUGACGAGAAAACUGCGAACUUCUGGAAUAUUUAUGUAGAUGGGGAUCAGUGUCGAUCGAACCCCUGCCAUUAUGGUGGGACAUGCAAAGAUGGUAUUGCUAGCUAUACCUGUACAUGCUUGGCUGGCUAUCAAGGGAAAAACUGUGAAUAUCUCAUACAAAAGUCCUGCAGACUGGACAACGGUGACUGUUGGCACUUCUGCAAACUUGAUCAAAAUGAAAUUCAGUGUUCGUGUGCUGAAGGAUACAUUUUGGGAGAUGAUGGGCAGUCUUGUGUUGCUGGAGGUGACUUUUCAUGUGGUAGAAUUAAAAAGCCAAGAAACAAGAGAGAAGCAAGUCCACUCGACUAUCAUACAGAUUUCUCUUAUGGGUAUGAUGGAUUUGACCAAGAUAGUUAUUUUGAAAUUCCUACAAAUUUCUCUAGCACAGUUCCUACUCUGCACUCCCGGAAUGAAACAUUGGUCAAGGAAGUUGAUGAUUCAGGCCGUGAUGUAAGAGUCGUUAAUGGAACAGACUGUGAGUUGGGUCAAUGUCCAUGGCAGGCACUUCUGAUAAAUGAGGAAGGAGAUGGGUUUUGUGGAGGAACAAUUUUGAAUCCCAUGUAUGUGCUUACUGCAGCUCACUGCAUAAACCAAACCAAGCAAAUUAGAGUUCUUGUAGGGGAAGUGGAUACAUCAACAAAAAAUUCAGGACGUCUUCUCCCUGUGGAUAAAAUAUAUGUGCAUCAAAAAUUUGUUCAGGAAACCUAUGACUAUGAUAUAGCCCUCAUCCAGUUGAAGAACCCUCUCCGGUUCUCUGAAAAUGUGAUUCCUGCCUGCCUUCCCACUGCUGAUUUUGCCAAUCAAGUCCUAAUGAAACAAAACCUAGGUAUUGUUAGUGGUUUUGGGCGUACUCAAGAAGGAGGGCGAACCUCCAACACACUUAAAGUCGUUAAGCUUCCUUAUGUGGACAGGCAUAUCUGCAAACUUUCCAGUAAUUUCCCAAUCACUGAAAAUAUGUUCUGUGCUGGCUACAGUACGCUGGCUCAAGAUGCAUGCCAGGGAGACAGUGGGGGCCCUCACGUCACUGCAUACAGAGAUACCCACUUUGUUACUGGGAUAAUCAGCUGGGGGGAAGGAUGUGCAAGGCAAGGCAAAUACGGUGUUUACACAAAAGUGUCCAAAUUCAUCCCUUGGAUAAAGAGAAUAAUACGUCAAAAGCCACAGAGAACAGAGUCGAGCAUUGCUCCGCUCUAAAACUCAUCCAAUGGCAUAUUUCAUGCAGGGAUUUUGCUAAUCGAUAAAGCAUUGGGUUAGAAGAGUGUUGCUCAACCUUGGCAACUUGAAGCUGUGUGGACUUCAAUUCCCAGAAUUCCCCAGCCAGCAUGCUAGCUGAGGAAUUCUGGGAGUUGAAGUCCACACAGCUCCAAGUAGCCAAGGUUGAGCAACACUAGGAUGGGAUGUUCAGUAUACUCAUUUGAUCGUGGAACUCUUCAUUUCAGACACAUUGCCAUUUUUAAAUGCAACAUUAAAGUCCUGUAGCUUGCAAUUUAUUGAGGGCUCUUUUCUCGAGAAUCAACUCCUUCCGGCACUUAGAACGAAUGCUACUAAUUCGUUUCAAGCUUUGUCUCUUGCGUGCUGUAUCUUUAACUGUUUAUAAUGGUAACUAUAAUCCUUCAGGCGAGAGCAAGUAGAAGCCCAACAGUGCUAUUUGGCCCCUUUGUAAUACCACCUCCAGCCACCAGCCCUGUUCCCUUAAGGCAAUCAGUUGGGUUAAUCAGCGUAGUGCACAAUGGGGUAAUGAGCUGAAUUCUCUUCCAAUUUACUUUACCCCCAGGCAGACCCAGAGGCCAAGCAUGCCUGCUGCUGCCUGCCAACUCAACGGAGGAGGGGUGAGGGAUGUCAUCAAAUCUUGCUCUCCUGAUCCAACAGCUCAGGGGAUAGCAGUGAUUUCUUGGAGAAAACGAAUAGCGAGUCUGUAUUCUCCACCCAAAUGGGAAUUCCACCCAGGCACCCACAUUUUGUGUUAUCAGAAUUUCCAGUGACAGGACCUGACUGCGUAGAUUACCGACUGGGUUAAGUGUGUUAUAGGAACAGGGUAAAAGUGAUAUAUUCAGUACACUUCUUUAACAGUACUAUUUUGUCACAAGCAUCAUGCUGGUUUUGUUUUUGUUUUUGUUUUUGUUUUGGUCUGAAAACAUGUUUCAUUGAAAAGUUAAAAGGCUUUUCAGAUUUGUGAUUGAUAAAAUUAAAGAUGUCUGAAAGUUAUAUCUGCCUGUGA